GGCCGGGGGAGGCGGGUUUAUAAGCGGAGGCGGCGCCGCGGCCGCACGCCCGUCCCGGCCCGUUCCGACCUGCCGCCAUCAGCGCCAUGGCGGGGCUCUGCGCCGUCGCCGCCCUCCUCUGCCUCCUCCUGCCGCCGCCUGCCCGCGCCUCCGCCGCCCUCGAGGAGGAGGAUGGCGUCCUGGUGCUGCGCGCCGCCUCCUUCGAGCAGGCGCUGGCGGCGCACCGAUACCUGCUCGUCGAGUUCUACGCCCCGUGGUGCGGGCACUGCAAGGCGCUGGCGCCCGAGUAUGCGAAGGCGGCGGCGAAGCUGAAGGCAGAGGGCUCGGAGAUCCGGCUGGCCAAGGUGGACGCCACGGAGGAGUCGGAGCUGGCGCAGCAGUUCGGUGUGCGCGGGUACCCCACCAUCAAGUUCUUCAGGAACGGCGACAAGGCCGCACCCAAGGAGUACACCGCUGGCAGAGAAGCAGAUGAUAUUGUCAGCUGGCUGAAGAAACGCACUGGCCCGGCUGCGACUACCCUGACAGACGCUACUGCAGCAGAGACGUUAGUGGAUUCCAGUGAAGUGGUUGUGAUUGGUUUCUUUAAGGAUUUGACAUCAGAGGCUGCAAAGGAGUUCCUGUUGGCAGCAGAAGCUGUGGAUGACAUUCCUUUUGGGAUUUCCUCCAGUGGCGAUGUCUUCACCAAGUACCAGCUUAGCAAGGAUGGUGUGGUCCUCUUCAAGAAGUUUGAUGAAGGCCGUAACAACUUUGAAGGGGAUCUCACAAAAGAUAAUCUGCUGAACUUCAUCAAGUCUAAUUCAUUGCCUCUGGUCAUAGAGUUCACUGAACAGACUGCUCCUAAAAUCUUUGGAGGAGAGAUCAAGACUCAUAUUCUGCUGUUCCUACCAAAAAGCGUGUCUGGCUAUCAAGAGAAACUGGACAACUUCAAGAGUGCAGCUGGAAACUUCAAAGGGAAGAUCCUGUUCAUCUUCAUAGACAGCGACCAUAGUGACAACCAGAGGAUUUUGGAGUUUUUUGGCCUAAAGAAAGAAGAAUGUCCAGCCGUACGUCUGAUCACACUGGAGGAAGAAAUGACCAAAUACAAACCUGAAUCGGACGACCUCACAGCAGACAAGAUCAAAGAGUUCUGUAAUAAGUUCCUGGAGGGCAAGAUCAAGCCCCACCUGAUGAGUCAAGAUCUUCCUGAAGACUGGGACAAGCAGCCUGUCAAAGUUCUAGUUGGGAAGAACUUUGAAGAAGUUGCGUUUGAUGAGAAUAAGAAUGUCUUUGUAGAGUUUUAUGCCCCCUGGUGUGGUCACUGUAAGCAGUUGGCUCCUAUCUGGGACAAGCUGGGAGAGACCUACAGGGACCAUGAGAACAUCGUCAUUGCCAAGAUGGAUUCGACAGCCAAUGAAGUGGAGGCGGUGAAAAUCCACAGCUUCCCCACACUCAAGUUCUUCCCUGCAGGCUCUGGCAGAAAUGUGAUUGACUAUAAUGGGGAGAGGACACUAGAAGGCUUCAAAAAAUUCUUGGAGAGCGGAGGUCAGGAUGGGGCAGCAGCUGAUGACGAUCUGGAGGACCUGGAGACGGAUGAAGAAACAGACCUUGAGGAAGGGGAUGAUGACGAGCAGAAAAUCCAAAAGGAUGAAUUGUAAAGAGAAGACUGAUCUACAUCACCCAAAAAAUCAGACACUAAAUUGGCUGCUGUUAUGCAGCCCAGUGAGUCAGAAACCCAUUAAGAUUUAAAGCAGAAGGUGAAUGACUGGAAAUCCAGGGAUUGGCUUUUAAAAUAACACUUUACCCUCACUUUUCUGUACACUUUACUAUCUUUUCUUUCUUUUUGCUUUUGAGAAGGGAUCUGUCACUAGGUAGCCAGCCCAGCCAGCUGGGCUAAUUUUUUUUUUAUUGUGAUGUACUUUUUUUGUACACAGCUUUUGUUUGAAGUAUUCUGUUCUUCUGGGUAGAAGCAGAUUGUGAAGCGGUAGCACAUGUUCAAUGGCCCAACACCCUGGAGCCUUGCCACUAACAUCUUCCAAGAAUGCUUUUUUUUUUUUCCUUUUUUUUUUUCUUUUUAAACUAAAGCCUGUAGUUGAUUUCUGCACCUGGCAGGGUCCUUAAUAGUCUUGGCUGUUCUUCCCUGGAAUCAGCCUUCAGUAUAUGUAGGGGCAGAGGCAGUAGGCUGAUGGCAUCAUCCUGGUGAAAGGUGUAUAUGAAGGUGCUUCUCUUCAUACUGGCCAGAUGUUUUCUCUCCCCUCUGCUUUAAAACACUUGGAGAUGACUAUUCCAAACACCUGGAAGGGUGGAAUACUGUGUGCACUGGCUGUGGCAGGCUCUGAGGGCGGAGGUGAUAGCUGGCUCACCAGCUUAUAUGAGACCUAGCUGUGUUGCCAUCCUUUUGAUCAAAUGCAAGACUGUUUUGCAAUCACUUUCCAUGAGUUAUUUUGAAUGGGUUGACCAGGCAGGUGGGUGGUGUGGGAGGGCCUGAUAAAGUAGAUCAAACAGGACAUUUGCAAUUAUUGGGUUUUGGGGAGGAACUUGAACAGAGGAGUGCCUCAAAGGCCUGAGCUGCAUCAGGCUGGUUCUUAGCAUUCCGCUACAAUAACAUUGGAACUGAAUUUGUUGGCCAAAUAAAGUUGAGAUUUUAAUACUA